GGUCGCUACAUUUGGACAACUACAAGUCUAGUCUUCUCGGUUUUCGACAAUGGUCGAAGUGAGAAUCAUUCGCUCCGUUGGCUCGGUGAUCUCCAAGCUAAUACAAGUCACUCGUGGCUCAGUUUCCGAAGACGCUACAGCCGACCUGAACCAAGCUCUCGCUCAUCUGAGGGACUUCGAAAUUGAAGUAUCCAAUGAGAUCCCGGAUCCAACCUCCAGUCGACUGUUCCAAGAUUAUGUUGCUCAAGAGCUUCUCAAGGUGCUUCGACACAAGACGCAAUUUGGCUGCUUUGUAUUUCCAAAGCCCCACCAGACAAGCCGAGAUCUGGCCGCCUUUUUCUUGGAAAGGUUUCAACAGAAGCGCAUUGCUGCAGAUAUGCAGGGCUAA